AUGCAGGGCGGCGAUGGUGAUGACCCACACGCAGAUCAGUGUCCAAGUCCCACUGCCUGCAGUCCAGAGCCUCCUCCACGGAGACCCUCAUUCACUCGCUCAGGAUCGGUCCGCUACCAGGAGAGCGAGGAGUCUCCGGAGUGCAAUGAUAAGCCUUCAGGGAAGAGGAAGUUCAAAAGCAAACACUUGUGUGACAGCGAUGAACCGAAGAGUAAGACCAAACGCAGCAGCUUGGGCAAGCGUGGUGCCUCCCUUGCCCAGGAAGAUGAUGGUGCUGGUGUUAAAAGACCAGUUAGUCCACCACCCACUCCAAAAAGUUUGCCAUCUUCUCCACCCAAUAAGAAAAGCUCAUCUGGAAGAAGCAGUGGUUCAGACUCUCCACCCAAAAGGCCGGUUCCUCCAGAGGUUCGUCGACUGAUUGUUAAUAAAAAUGCUGGCGAGACCUUACUGCAACGUGCUGCCCGCUUGGGCUAUCAGGAUGUAGUCCAGUAUUGUCUUGAAAAGGACAUCAGGGAGGUCAAUCGGCGUGAUAACGCUGGUUACACAGCUCUCCAUGAGGCAUCCUCUCGAGGCUGGACUCAGAUUGUCCAGAUGCUGCUGAAACAUGGUGCAGAUGUCAACUGUAGUGCCCAGGAUGGAACACGGCCACUUCACGAUGCAGUAGCGAGUGAUAACCUACCGAUAGUCUGGCUGCUUCUGAACCACGGUGCCGACCCGACUCUGGCAACCUACUCUGGACACACACCGGUCAAACUGGCACACAGCCCGAGCAUGAAGACCUUCCUCACAGAAUAUUUCACUGACCUGGAAGGCCGCAAUGAACGCGAUCCCACUUUACCCUGGGAUUUCUACAGUAGCUCCCUGUUUGAGACUGACCAGGAGCCGUGCUGGGAUUUCCUGCUGUCUGAGCAGAACCAAGAGCUGGAUGACGAUCUAACAGGGAACACUGAGCGGGACUCGGACAAAGACUGCCUUCUGUUCGAGUUCUCCUCCGAGCCUCUCUUACCCUGCUAUCAUGUUCAGGUGUCAUUAACACAGGGCUUUUGCAACUGGUUCCUCCUGACAGACGUGCUGAAGCGUCUGAAGAUGUCAGCGCGGAUCUUCCGGGCGCGGUACCCGCACUUCGAGGUGGUGAAUUUGUCGCGGGUCGAGCUCUGGAAGCAGGUAUCAGUCAGCCAGGUGAGCUCUGCUUUGGCCUCUCCAUACAGAGGCAAAAACAAGGAGCAAGACAAUGAAGAGGAGGAGGAAGGACUUGUGGAUCUGGUGCGUUGUGUGCCAGAGCUCCAGAGACUAUUGGGCUCCUGCAUUCACAUCCUGCAAGAGGACGAGGAGGAGGAGGAGGAGGAGGAGGAGACACUGGCAAACACAGGGAAGCUUUGCAGCCGAUAGCCUCUAUGGCACCGCAGUCCUCCACCCUGCGGACACCGUUUGUGUCAGCCAGAGUCCUUCCCUGCAAGGAGCAACUCCAAGGAAACCUCUCCGUCCGUUGUAAAGAGGGUCAUGGGUUUUAACUCCAGCCACAGUAAUGACUCGACACUCCACAGAUAACCUUUGACCUCAGACAGAAGUGAUCUGAAGGACCUGCACAUGUGAGUGGUCAGUGCUGGAAAGCAGCUUUCAGGUUCCUAUCUAUAGGUAUAUUUGAAUACACGAGAACUAUUGAGCAAACCUUUUUUAUUGAUUAUGUAUGUACGUGGUAGUGUAUAUGUAUAUCUUGCCAUCAGGGUUAACACAUUUGGUUAUAUAAAUGUAUUCUUGUGGCAAGGGACGGACAACAUUUAGGACUUUUUGUUUGA